AGUCAAUUUUUAUUAUUUUUUUUUUUCUUUCUUUGCCUAAGAAAGUGUUAUAUUUUAUAUCAUUCUUACAUCUAGCUAUGCUGCUGUUUAGUUAAUAGAAGAAAGCAAAAACAAAAAAUGCCAAUGUAAGCUGCAUUUGACCCACUUCUGUGCAGCACCCAUUUGCCACUUUGCCAGCAAUUCACGGUUGCAAUGCGCAGGUUGAGUGUCCGUCUAUGUCGACGAAUAGUGACACAAACACACCGACGAAUGCGCAUUGCCAUUGAAUUGGCUUGCCUUCGACUUUUCAUUUUCGCAGCGUCGGAAUGUAACGAUUGCCGGCUUUUGGCAUUUCUAAGUGUUCUUGUUAAGAAUUUUUGUUGAUUCUUCGCUAAUUAUUGUUGUCUUAAUUGCUUGUAGGCACUCGACAAUGUAUAAAUAAUAAAAUAAUAAUUUGUGUUGAAAAUAGCUAAAAAGGUAAACAAUUUAGAGAGUGAAAACGAAUAUACAUAUAUAAGAAUGUAUGUAUGUAUAUAUGUACGUCCACGUUUGCAGAUUCUUCGCUUCUACCUAAUUCUUUAUUUUUUAAAUUCUUCCACCUCUUUUCAUGAUAUAUUCGCUAUUUUUCGGCACAUGUUGCGCAACUUAUUACCUUUCAGCGCUAUUCAUUAUGAUAUUAGCAUAGAAUGAGUGCUUAAAAGUGCUGUGCUAAUAAACUUGAGAUCUCAAAACAGUUGACAAUUUGUGAAUUUAAGGGCGUGAAGUAUAAAUGUAUAAAGGCUUCAACUCAUACUAACAACAACUUCCAGCGCCAUAAAAAAGUUAACAGCACCAAUACCAACCACCAACCAUCAACCAAUACACACACACAAACACCAGGAAAGCGAACUUUAACAUCGAUACCAAAACAAAAUCAAACAGGAAGAGGCACAACAAAAACAAAGCCGAUAACAUGAAUCGCAUCAGUACUGCCGUCUAUCGCCAUUGGAAUGCUUCGCUAGCGAACAUCGCGCAGGCGAAUACCAGCCGUAGUUGUAGACUCUCGGCAGCAGCUUUCAUAAACGCCAAACGCGAAAUGUCCUCGUCAUCGUCGCAUAAUGCCGCCGCGUCGGACAAAUGUCUGUCGCUGGACAACAUAAAUCCACAAUUCAUUGAGUUGGAGUACGCUGUGCGUGGUCCACUAGUCAUACGUGCUGGACACAUUGAGAAGGAGUUGCAGCAGGGUGUGAAGAAACCUUUUGAUCAAGUAAUUCGCGCCAACAUUGGUGAUUGUCAUGCUAUGGGACAAAAGCCUAUUACGUUCCUGAGACAGCUGCUAGCGCUUACAUUGGAUACAAGUCUCUUCGACUCGCCCGACUACCCCGAGGAUGUGAAGAAGCGCGCCCGCAUCAUCUUGGACGGCUGCCAAGGUCAAUCAGUCGGCUCUUACACCGAUUCGGCUGGCAUCGAAGUGAUACGCCGUCAAGUGGCUAACUUCAUUGAGAAGCGUGAUGGCAUUCCAUCCAACUGGGAGAACAUUUACCUGACUGCUGGUGCUACACCGGGUAUCAAGAGCAUACUGUCGCUUGUGCGAGCUAAGGUUGGCGGCAAACGUCCCGGCGUGAUGGUGCCCAUACCACAAUAUCCACUUUACUCUGCCACCAUUUCCGAAUACGCUAUGAAUCGUAAUGGUUACUAUUUGAAUGAGGAGCAAAACUGGAGUUUGGAGGUGUCCGAACUGGAACGCGCCUACAAUGAAGCACGUAAGACGAGCGAACCACGUGCGCUGGUUGUCAUCAAUCCGGGCAAUCCCACCGGUCAGGUGUUGACACGUGAAAAUAUCAUUGAUGUUAUCAAAUUCGCACAUAAACACAAACUGCUGUUGCUGGCCGAUGAAGUGUAUCAGGCGAAUAUUUAUGAUCCCAACUCGAAGUUUUACUCCUUCAAGAGCGUAGCCUACGAAAUGGGUUCACCAUACAGAGAAAUGGAAUUGUGCAGCUUCUUGUCCACAUCGAAGGGUUAUCUGGGUGAAUGUGGCAUACGUGGUGGUUACAUGGAGGUGUUAAAUAUGUGCCCACAAGUUCAAGCUAUGCUUACGAAAUCAAUAACGGCGUCGUUGUGCAGCACCACUGCCGGUCAGGUGGCGGUGAGCGCUUUGGUUUACCCACCAGAGAAGGGUGAGCCCUCAUACGAGCAAUAUAUUGCUGAGAAGACCGCUGUUUUGAAUGCUCUUAAAGAGCGCGCCGAAUUGGUGUACAAAACAUUCAACAGCUUCGAAGGCUUCAAGGUGAAUGUGGUGCAAGGCGCUAUGUACGCUUUCCCACAAAUCGCUAUACCACCAAAGGCUAUAGCGGCAGCUAAGGCGAAGAACAUGCCACCCGACACUUUCUAUGCAUUUGAAUUGCUGGAAUCAACCGGCAUUUGCAUUGUUUCCGGCAGCGGUUUCGGCCAAAAGGAGGGCACAUAUCACUUCCGUACCACAAUUCUGCCACAAACCGACAAGCUGAAAAUCAUGUUGGACAAAUUCCAAACCUUCCACGCCGAUUUCAUGAAGAAAUACAAGUAAACUGUAUUUUGCGGCGAAAUAGGGCAGCCAAGUGAUAUACAAGAAAUACGAAGUGGAAUGUUGAGGCGUUGCACCAAAAUUACUAUUUGAUGGCGUUGUGUGUUUUGGACGAUUUGCGAUUGUUUUAUUGUGUUAUUUUCAACAUUUUUAUAAUAAAAAGUAAUUAGUAAGCGCUUAGACUAAA